AUGACUCAGAAAAUAUAUGAGAAGAUGCAUUCCAUAAGAACAUUGACAGUGAUUUUCUUUAUGUCUCUAUCUCUUAUAACUUUUUCCUCGGGAGAUUUGAUUGACGAUAUUUGUCGAAAGUCUAGCGACUUCAAAGUAUGUACCGACUCUCUUAGGACGGACCCUAAGAGCUCAUCUGCUGAUGAAAAAGGUUUGGUACGUAUACUGCUUCAACAAUGUUUAGCAAAGGCAACAAGUAUUUACAAUGAAAUCGUAUUUUUACUAAAGGAAACAAAAGAACCUGUUCUCAAACAAUGCCUUGAAGUUUGUAAGGACAAUUAUGAUGGGGCAAAAGACGACGUUGCAGCAACAAUCAAAUCUUUCGAUGCAAAUGACUUUACCGAGGCGAUAAGUCAUGCUUCUGCUGUUGAGAGUGGUCCGAUCGACUGUGAAGAAUCAUUUACUGAACCACCUGUUAGGAAAUCCCCAACAAAACAAAAAAGUAACGAUUUGAUUAAUUUUGUUGGUUUAACAGCGGGUUUGAUAGACUGCAUUUCGAAAAGCUGUCUAAGUUAG